UAUCAGAAGUACUAUAAUAACACCGCAAAGUAUCUCCACUGCCAGUGAACGCUACAGCAUCCACUGAAAUUGGCUGAAAACCCAACGGGAUUGAUUAUCAAAAGACGCGAAAGCCGAUUUUUUCCCGCUAACCAGAACGGGCUUUUCCGCACGAACAUUGAGGAGAAAGUUCAGUGAUUUUUCAGUGUUCGUUCCAAAUCCAACUGAUCCAACCGUUCCAGUUGAGGCCGAAAUUGGGUGUUUGGAGGUACCUGUUGAUCGACGCUGUUUCCCACAACACUUUUCACUUCCGCACACAAAAAAACAAAUGAGUCAGCGAUCGUCGCAGCUGGAGCAGCGCGGACGCGGCACACGGCGGGCGGCAGUCUGGUGCCUGGCCAUCGCGCUGGUAGUGCAAAGCGCACGCGCCGGAAGUCCCUGGCGACGUGGUUCCGGCCCCCUCCUCACCCACCACCUGUCAAAACGGUCAUUCUUUGACAUCCAGUGCAAGGGUGUCUAUGAUAAAACCAUUUUCGCCAAGCUGGAUCGAAUCUGCGAAGACUGUUACAAUCUGUUCCGGGAGCCGCAGGUCCAUUCGCUCUGCAUGAAAAACUGUUUUACCACAGCCUAUUUCAAAGGGUGUCUUGAGACGUUACAGCUGACCGACGAAAUGGAGCAGGUGAAGGACUGGAUUAAACAGAUACACGGGGCCCCGCCCGACGAAUAGGUCCAAAUGCUUCACAACUGAAUAUUUCACCGGUUGUGUCGAGUCCCUACUUAAGUCCGAUGAAAUGCCGAGCUACCGGAAAAUGAUUGAGUAUCUGGCGAAGUAACCAACCAACCAAUCAACCAACCAAUCCAACGUGGAGCCUAAACCCUUGUGUCCUAUUAUUCUAGUCCAAAAAUCACCAUUAGGCAAUUAAUGUAUUAAUGUAGGAUAAGUGUUUUGACAGAAUUCUGUGCAUCCCUUCCCUUGACUCUGUUCGGUUUAAUUAAUUAUUUAUUUAUUUAUUUAUACAUAAGCACAUUCGCAAAAUCUCUGUCUCAGAGAGGUUGAUUUUCAUUCUCAAAAUACUGCAUUUUGUUAAAACCAACACGCAGCAUCACGUCAUUUCUAGCAAAAGUAUUGCGUUCUACAUACAUACAUACAUAUUUAUAUAUAUAAAUAUCAGUUUCCUUAUUUAUUAUUACAUUCGAUUAGCUGUUGAACUGCCUACCAGGGCUGGACGGGAGGUAGUUCAACAAUUAAGGACCAUUUUCAUCGUACAACUGAUAAAUUUAAGGAUAAAUUAUUUAUUGUACUGUUGAGAUUAUUUUAUUAUCUAGGAGUUUAAUUUAAGCGAAGCAUUGCAAAAACCAUUCCAUACGAACCAACUCUGCUAGUUUUAUCGUCAGUACGCAGUGUUUUUUGCAAGCGCCGAAACUUUUUCUUUUUAAAUAGACAUUCCGUUAUCAGUAUUGUACAGAGGUUGUCACAUGGAACCAAACAAGAAUCGGUGCCUGGUCGUUGCUGCCAAUGGCAGACCCCCUAAGUGUGUUGAUUUCAUUCUUGUAUUAUCAUACUUACAGCAUACGUAAUCGAAAUUAUUGCAAAAUGCAACAAUAAAGCAUCAAUUAAAGACGAAA